AGGGCUCGUCCUCGUAAGGUCGUCCUUGGUCAGUAGUGAUGAACAUCCUACACCUCUCUUAUCCAUUUGUGAUUCUCAACUCUCGUGAGCUAACUUUUACACACAAGAGAGACAUAGAGGUUGUGUAAUACUAUUCAAGCUAUAUCUCCGUUGUGAAGCUUGAACAGCUUACUGACAGUUAGCGUGAGGUUGAGGUGCGGACAGGAGGCUCGCGUCCUGCCUGUCAUCUUAUAGUCAGUUUAGCCCGGUAUAUCCCGCCACCCACGACCAUGUGACAUAAGGCCUACCAGGUGUUCUGGGCGUCGAGGCGCGCGCAGGCCUCCUCCACCUCCAACUGCACAAUCACCACUACCACAACCUCCUCCGCCUCCGCCUUAAGCCGACGGGCUAGCAAGACUCCCGCCACCGCCAGCAGCGCCUCCAGCACCAGCGGGACCUCCAGCACCAGCCCCACCACCACCAUCACCUACACGGUGAAGAUGCUAAGCCCCAAGAUGCAGCGCACAAUAAGAAUAAACGAGAACCAGGUGUUGAUGCUGGCGGAGAAGGCGCGCCAUGACCACAACUACUCCGGCUACCUGUACAAGCGCUCCUCAGACUCUAACAAGUGGCAGCUGAGGUGGUUCACCCUCUACCAGAACUUACUGUUUUACUCUGAGGGUGAGUCUAGUGUGAAGCCGUCCGGAGUGAUCAUGCUGGAGGGCUGCUACUGUGAGCGGCUCAUCACCACCAACACCAACACUAAGAACAAGGACGCCGACAAGCAGUUCUGCUUCGCGAUAACGUACCGCCGGGAGAACCAGCGUCAGUACGACCUGAAAGCGGAGACGGAGGGAGAUUGCAAGGCUUGGAUAGAUGUGAUUAGACAGGCGUCGUUCAACAAGCUGUUGUUGCAGAAGGAGGAGCUGGAGCAGAAGCACUUGCACCUCCUGCAGAUCGUGGAGAGUGAGAAGACUGCCAAGUGGCAGUAUACUCAGCAGUGCGAGGAACUCACCUCAGAGAUCAAGAAGCUUCGUGCUGAGCUGUGUACGCUGAAGAAGGAGUGGCGGGUGGUGCCCUCACGGAGGCUAGAGGACCUGCCGGAGGACUCCGAGGAGAUCAAGAAGAUCAAGAAGGUCCAGAGCUUCUUCAGAGGAUGGCUGUGUCGCAGGCGGUGGAAGCAGAUUGUUGAGGAGUACAUCAGGUCUCCGCACGCCGAGAGUAUGAGGAAGCGUAACAGCCUUGUAUUCCGCAUGGUGGAGGCCGAGGAGGAGUACGUGGAACAGCUCAAUCUCUUGGUGUCCUGCUUCCUACGACCCUUCAAAAUGGCCGCCUCCAGCAAGAAACCCCCAAGCACCCACGAAGAUGUCAACAGCAUCUUCCUCAACUCUGAGACGCUGCUCUUCCUGCAUCAGAUCUUCUUGAAGGGGCUCUCGGCCAGAAUGGAGAGCUGGCCCACGCUUGUCCUGGGAGACUUGUUCGACAUGCUGCUGCCGAUGCUGAGCAUCUACCAGGAGUACGUCAGGAACCACCACUACAGCCUCCAGGUGCUGGCCGAGUGUAAACAGAACCCGCACUUCGGGGCCUUCCUCAGCCGCCUGGAGAACAAACCCAACCUGCAGGGGCGGACUCUGGAAACAUUCCUCACCUAUCCUAUGCACCAGAUCCCGCGGUACAUCAUCACUCUACACGAGCUCCUGGCCCACACGCCCCACAACCACGUGGAGAGGAAGAGCCUCGACCACGCUAGGAUGCAGCUCGAGGACCUCUCCCGCCAGAUGCACGACGAGGUGAGCGACACUGAAAACAUCAGGAAGAAUCUGGCCAUCGAGCGGAUGAUAGUGGAGGGCUGCGAUAUACUUCUCGACGUCAACCAGAUGUUUGUACGUCAGGGUUCCCUGAUCCAGGUGCUGGGAGAGCGUCCUCGCUCCACCAAGAGCCGCCUCGGUCAGUUCAAGAGUGAGAAGGAAGCCGUCCGUCAGUGUUUUCUUUUCAGUAACCACCUGAUCGUCGCGACGAGGACCUCUGGCGGGAAGCUGCACCUGGUGGCGGGCGUGGGCAAGGUGCCCCUCAAUGAUGCUACGCUCAUCGAAGACCCUAACGAACUGGGCAACCAGGACGAUGAUGGUGAGUCGUCGGUGUGUUCCUUCUCGUCUCAGAGUAGUGGGGUUAGUGACAGCUCAGCGGCCACCAGCAGCGGCUCGGGGCCCGGCAAGAACUUCCCCGUAGAGCAGGCAAACCUUGACUUUAAGAUCGUGAUCGAGCAGAAGACUGGCCCGGCUAUAACGCUCCAUCUAGUGGCGCCCACCAUGCAGGAGAAGCAAGCCUGGAUUAGCGACAUUAGUCAAUGUUUGGACAACGUGCACUUCAACAACUUGUUCAGGUCCUCCAUGUCGGACACCUCCUCCAUAACUAUGCCACACUUCAUCAAGAAUGACCCCAAACUUUUCCGGGAUGACAUCGACAUUCGUUUCUCACGGACACUCAACUCCUGCAAGGUUCCCCACAUUCGGUACGCAACACCAGACCGGUUGCUGGACAGACUCACCGACCUACGCUUCUUGUCCAUCGACUUUCUCAAUACUUUCUUAUUGACGUACCGUGUCUUCACCGACGGCAUCUCAGUUCUAGAGGCCCUGAAGAAAGUGUACUACAACCCCGACGUCCACGACCAGACAGUGGACUCCAGAGACUCUUCAGUUGAGAGAUCGCCAGAAUACGUAGCCUCACCACCGCCAGACAUAGAGAGUGGUCGUAACUCUCCCAGACGCACCUCAACUAUCAGUGCUUUCUCAGGGUUCGAGGUGGAGGCCCCGCGGGAGCGUUGCUGGACCUUCGACGCUCAAGUUGCAAAAGCUUCUGGCAACCAGCACUGGCGGUGGUCUUAUAGGCGGUUUGAAGAGGAGCAGCGGGAGCAGGAGGAGCGCCGCGCGAGGGAUGACGCUGCGGCCAACGAGGCGCUCUUCCACCCCAACGACAACUUUCCUGUAAGCGCUCCCAAUUCUCCCUUCAGUCCUAAGAAGGUUGUGACCAUUAGGACGGAUGACGACAAUAAGUUCCUCACCAUUCCCAAGGGCCGUCGCACCAUCGUGGGCUCCACGUCGUCUGCAGAAACUCUCAUUGGUGAAGAGACCAGUCUAAGCCAACCAGACAGCCCGACAGAGAUAUCCACAGCCACCCUGGUGGGAGGGUCGGCCAUGAUGGGGUUCUCAGAGUGGCGGUUGCCCUUCGAGGGUGAACGCCAUAGUCGCAGUCGUCGACCGUCCCGCAUCCUGGACGCCAUCACCUCCCCUCCCCGCCCCUGCUCCGUCCCCAGACGCUCUCUCCCGCGCAGGAUGUCGUCGCUGGAGGAGCGCCCUCAGGGAUGGAACAAAAUCGAGGCUGCGACAUCGGGUUCGGAAGCCGAGGACGAGCAGGACACCCUCGGUAUAGGAGCCAGGCGCCGCUCCUCCUCACACAGGUCCCACAGCACCGCCUUGACGUCCUCCUCCGGGUUCCUCCUCGUUGGACCACGAACAAAAGGUGGCAAGAGGCUGAGUUGCGAGAGUGAAGCAGCUUUCUCUGCUCUUGGCGCCCUGGCUUCUCCUCGCUCCAGUGUCCACACGGCCACGCCCAGGUCCUCCUUCCAGGUGCCAGACUCUCCCUCACACUCCGUGUCCAGAGUCGGGGUCGUCAUCACCUCCUCCAGGCAGUCCCAGCGCAGGAGCAGCAGCGCAUCUGCCGCGGCGGCCUUCGCUGUGGCCACGGCCGGCUCCAGCAACCCGAGGGACCUGCCCAAGACCCCGCCCCUCGGCCGCUUCUCCGUGGGCGGGGAGGGACGCCGCUCCUCCUUCAGGGAGCGACCUCGCCAGGAGUCCAUCAUAUCGACGGCGGCCACUAUGCGGGUGCUCAACGUCCUCCGGCACUGGGUCUCUAAGCACUCUCAAGACUUCGAUACUGACCCGCGACUCAGGAAUAUGACCAUCGAGUUCCUGGAGGACCUGGUGUGCUGCCCGACGCUGCUGCCGGCCGAGCACAAGGCCGCCUCCCAGCUGCUGCGUCUCCUCACCAAGGAGGAGCCCGCUAACCCCCACGUCGACCUCAACACCCUCCUCGCACCCCCCACGACGCCGAGCAAGGAGAGCAUCGAGACGCUGUCAGCGCUGGAAGUUGCCGAACAGAUGACCUACAUUGACCAUCAGAUCUUCGUGGCCAUUAGGAGCGAGGAGUUCCUCAAGACGGCGUGGAUGAAGCCAGACAAGCAGCUCAGAGCCCCUGACAUACUUCUCAUCACCCGUCGCUUUAAUGAGAUGUCGCGACUGGUGGUAUCCGAGGUUAUCCGGGGCGCCACGCUGGCCUCCCGCAUCGCUGUUAUCGAGAAGUGGGUCGCCGUGGCUGAUAUCUGCCGCUGUCUUCACAACUACAAUGGCGUCCUGCAGGUGUGUGCAGCCUUCCAGAACUCCUCUGUGUUUCGACUCAAGAAAACAUGGGAAAAAGUCUCCAAAACUACACGGCAGACGCUGGAGAAGCUGCAGGCGCUGGUCUCCUCCGACGGGCGGUUCCGGAGCCUGCGGGACGCUCUCCACCGCUGCGACCCGCCCUGCAUUCCCUACCUGGGCAUGUACCUCACUGACCUCUCUUUCAUAGAAGAAGGCACCCCGAACUUCACGGAUGAAAACCUUCUCAAUUUUUCAAAGAUGAGGAUGAUUGCUCACGUCAUCCGCGAGAUCCGACACUUUCAGCAGACGCCCUACAAGAUAGAACACAACCCUCGCGUGACAUCAUACCUGCUGGACCCUACCUUACUGCUGAGCGAUGACAACUUGUACCGCAUGUCCCUGGACCUGGAGCCGCGCAGGUCCACCCUGACGCACGUCACCGCGCCCCUGCUGGCCGCCACCGCCUCCUCCGCUUCUUCGUCCAGCUCGUCCUCCUGACAGCGGCGCCGGACGGCCGGAGAGAUCUGGGUUAGCAUCUGAGGCCCGCCCCCCUGGAGCCGUGAUGCAUAACAGGGGGGCGUAACAGAAUGGUCUCUCAUACCCAGCACGCCACAGGACCCAAGCAAUAUACAUCAUUUCAGAACUGUGACAAUAUUUAUAUUAUUAGCUAUUUUUUGUGUUGGCUUCUAACUUUUUACAGCAGAUUACAUGCACUGUUUAGAGAUGGAUUAGUGUACACGAAGUAAUGGAGCUGAGUAAGAAGGAUAAACAUUAUGAAAUUACCUAUUAAUUUCCCAAUCUAUGACACUGGAUAGCUUGUAAAAAAAAAGAGGCAUUUUGACUGAUCCUAAUGAUAUUAAGGUAAAGGCAUGAAGAUUGUUAGUGAACCUUGAGCGUGGUGUGUUGGGUAGUUUGUCGUCACGUGGUGGUGAGGGCUGAGUGUGGCACUGCCUCACCACUGUCGUCACGUGGUGGUGAGGGCUGAGUGUGGCACUGCCUCACCACUGUCGUCACAUGGUGGUGAGGGCUGAGUGUGGCACUGCCUCACCACUGUCGUCACGUGGUGGUGAGGGCUGAGUGUGGCACUGCCUCACCACUGUCGUCACGUGGUGGUGAGGGCUGAGUUUGGCACUGCCUCACCACUGUCGUCACGUGGUGGUGAGGGCUGAGUGUGGCACUGCCUCACCACUGUCGUCACGUGGUGGUGAGGGCUGAGUGUGGCACUGCUUCACCACUGUCGUCACGUGGCGGUGAGGGCUGAGUGUGGCACUGCCUCACCACUGUCGUCACGUGGUGGUGAGGGCUGAGUGUGGCACUGCCUCACCAGUGUCGUCACGUGGUGGUGAGGGCUGAGUGUGGCACUGCCUCACCACUGUCGUCACGUGGUGGUGAGGGCUGAGUGUGGCACUGCCUCACCACUGUCGUCACGUGGUGGUGAGGGCUGAGUGUGGCACUGCCUCACCAGUGUCGUCACGGUGGGGAAGGGCCUCACCCGUCACACUAUAUUCUCUACAUUCCUGUUUGUCACACUCUCAAGAUGUUAUUGUUUGGUUGUUCUUCGAUAAUAACAUAAAUUAUCAUAAAUUAUAGUUUUAUGUGAUGCGUGUGAAAAUAAAUUCACCAUAUUGAAGUGAUAUUUACCAGAGACUAUAGGCCUAGGUGGAAUGUUAGACGCUAUGUGGCCUCAUCACCUCAUAUAUAUACUAUAGAGCAGAUAAUGACGUGUGGCAUCGUGCAUCUGCAACAAAUUAAGAGCUAAAAAUAAUGAUAAUUUAUAUUUGCAUUUAUUUUAUUACAUGUUAUUUUAUUUUUUAUGUGAAGUAAUAUUUACGUCGAGGAUUUUUUUUUUUUUAAUUUUACCGAAGAAAUGAUUUGAUGUAAUGGUCUAUAUUUAUUUUUGUUAAUACUCGAGAAAUUAAUUCCCUUCACAGCACUGAUUUACAUUUCUUAAAAGCUAAAGUUUAAUACAUGCCGACUGCGAUAUCAGUAAACAUUCUCCAUUAAACCUCUUAUAUCUUGGUAAGUAGAGGAGCGGCUGGCCUGGUCUCGUUUGCUAAUCUCUUUGAAGAGUUACAAGUUUGUCUUUUCAAAUCUUCUCAAAUUUCUCUCAGGUCACACACAAUACAGUCAACUAACACUACCAUAUAUAUAUUCCUAUUCUAAACUGCUCAGCAAAGACUGUUAACUCCAGGUUUUUUCUAUAUUGAGCAUUCUCAUUCUCUACCGGGAUCUAUAACUGUAGUAAAACCUCAUUUUUAAUUGGCUUUGAACUUAAGAUAAAGACAUCGCAGUGCUGACUAGUUACCAAAAUACUUCGGGUGAUCGGUCAUCCUCCACCCGACAUGAAAUGCUGAAAAAAUCACAAUGUAAAAAUAUAUUCUUAAUUGCGUCCAUAAAAUACUUUUCAAAUAAUACGUACACAUAUAUGGAAUGUAAGUCAUCCAUGCAGGCCAUUUAUAUGGGGUUUAAUAUAACAUAUAAUUAUUUUAUCGUAGGAAGUUUCAGACACAAUUUGGGACGCAUUCUAAAUUGAUUUACUUUCAAAAGAAUUUGAUAUCUUACUUGAAAUCAUCAUAUUUUUGAGUGAUGUGUAAACGCAAUUUUGUCAAAGCACUUCCAGCAACGCAAUAUUGACCAAGCAGUCAGCUUAGUAUAGUACACUGCUAGCAAUACCAGGUUAACCAGUCAUGCAGCCUAGUACAGUACUCUGCCAGCAACACCAGGUUAACCAGACACACAACCUAGUACAGUACUCUGCCAGCAACACCAGGUUAACCAGUCAUGCAGCCUAGUACAGUACUCUGCCAGCAACACCAGGUUAACCAGUCAUGCAGCCUAGUACAGUAAUCUGCCAGCAACACCAGGUUAACCAGGCAUGCAGCCUAGUACAGUACUCUGCCAGCAACACCAGGUUAACCAGACAUGCAGCCUAGUACAGUACUCUGCCAGCAACACCAGGUUAACCAGUCAUGCAGCCUAGUACAGUACUCUGCUAGCAACACCAGGUUGACCAGACACACAACCUAGUACGUACCCUGCCAGCAACACCAGGUUAACCAGACAUGCAGCCUAGUACAGUACUCUGCCAGCAUCACCAGGUUAACCAGACAUGCAGCCUAGUACAGUACUCUGCCAGCAACACCAGGUUAACCAGACAUGCAGCCUAGUACAGUACUCUGCCAGCAACACCAGGUUAACCAGACAUGCAGCCUAGUACAGUACUCUGCCAGCAACACCAGGUUAACCAGACAUGCAGCCUAGUACAGUACUCUGCCAGCAACACCAGGUUAACCAGACACACAACCAACUACAAGUACCAACCAGAAUAUGGGACUUGUUGAGUAGCAUUAGCAGCGGUACAGUAUUCAACAAUAAUAUGUAAACAUCAGGAUGUUUUUAUUAGACACUAAAACGAAAUAACAGUUUUUUUCAGUCCAGCAAUAUCUGAAACUCCCUACACAACCCUCACAAUAAGCAAAAAAAUAUAUAUAAUAUAUAUAUAUAUAUUCUUGGGCUGUGACUUCUGUUGUCUUAUAAAUGCAUUCGACAAUUGAAGAAAAUUGAUUACAUAAACCCCUCCCCACACGAAGAAGCAUAGGCUAUAUAUAUAUAUAUAUGUAGCCUUAGAGAAAACAAGAUCACAAAAAUGUUCAAAACCACAUAUGCAUUACAACUUUUUUUAAUAUGAAUAUUGUAGUUGUUCUCGCGUUAGAAUUUGAUGUUUCUAUCUUGAACCUGAUGAGUGUAGUUAUAAUGAAGUGGGG